AUGUUCAUCAAUUGGACCGCCUCCAUCCUCAAUUCUCCUCGAGAAAGAAUCUCGCUGCUUUCUCUAUCAAGAACGCACGACAAGAUCCCUACCCCCCGCUAUGAAAUAAAUUAUCUAGAAACCGGAUUCUGGCUGUUGUCCCUUUAUGUUAUCAGUAUAGGAUGUAGCUCUACACUUUUGAUCAUCGGAAGAGGACUGCUCUUCCGGGAGGCAGUCCUUCCCCUCAAACAACAGGAUACGUAUAGGUUCCUGUUCACCGGGGUACGGCAUUGA